GGGGCCAGACGAGAGUGGGCGUGUCGUGGUGGUGCUGCUGGAGGAGGUUGGUGAUGAAGAUGGCGCAGGGCUGUGCUGACCACGUGGUGGCGGACGCCGGAGCCUUCCUGCGGAACGCGCAGAUGCAGGAGUUUGCCCGCACGGUGUACACACUGCGCGACGUGGUGAGCGAGAUCCGCGACAAGGAGACGCGCCGGCGCCUGGCGGUGCUGCCCUACGCCCUGGUGCUGCGUGAGCCGCGGCCGGACUGCGUGCGCAUCGUGACGGAGUUCUCGCGUAAGACGGGCGACUACCCCAGCCUCUCGGCGACGGACGUGAGGGUGCUGGCGUUGGCGUACCAGCUGCACCUGGAGCACGGCGGAGGAGCGGUCGGGGUAGACGCCGCCGCCGGCAACGCCGCCGCCGCCGGGGCCGCCGCCGGCACCACGGAGGAGUCUGCCGGCACGGCGCCGGCACGGCCGGAGGGACCGCCGCCCGGCUUGCCGGGCUUCCAUCUCCCUCGCCCGAAGCUGGCAGGGAGCUCACUGCGGGCGGGCGCUGGAGAGUUGCGCGACGGUGCCGAGGGCGGUGACGGUGCCGAGGGGUUCAGCUCCUUCGUGUUCUGGCGGAGUCCGCUGGCAAGCCCGGAGGAGCUGGACCCGGCACUGCUCAUGGGAAUGUCGAUUAGCGACCAGACCACCGCCAGCCAGCACCAGGGCCACGUGCCGGUGGAUCGCACCGCCGCCGGCAACGGUGAGAGCCGCCGGGAAGCGGCCGUGCCGGAACCGCGGCUGCAGCAGCAGCAGCCGGACGUCGCCGGUGAGAGCGAUAAGGAGAACGCGGUCGGCGGCGGCGGCGGCGAUGAUGACGAGGAGGAGGAGGAGGAGGGCGGGGGUGGGUGGAUCACGCCGAGCAACAUCGCGGACGUUCACCGCACGAGCACCGAGUGCGAGCCCCUGGGGCGCGUCGCCGUCGCCUGCCUCACCACGGACUUCGCCAUGCAGAAUGUGCUGGUACAGAUGGGUCUGCACGUGCUGUCUGUGGACGGGAUGCUCAUCAGGUCCACACGCUCACACGUGCUGCGCUGCUUUGCCUGCUUCAGCACCACGUCAGACACGUCGCUCGUCUUCUGCCGUGGCUGCGGGAACCGCACCCUGAAGAAGGUGGCGGUGACGCUGGGCGACGGCGGCCGCCUGCAGAUGCACUUCUCCAGCAACCCACGUGUCAUGAGCCACAGGGGCAUGCGGUACUCCCUCCCGCGCCCUCAGGGUGGCAAGCAUGCGGUGAACCCGGUGCUGAGUGCCGACCAGCGCGAGCCGCAGCGCCGCCAGUCGAGGCGGCAGCGUGCCCGCACCGCCGCCCUGGAUGCCGACUACGUGGCCGGCGCCUCGCCCUUUGUGGCCCACGACGUCACCAGCCGGGCCGCCACUCUGCGACUGCGCGCCGAUGGCGGUGCCGGCGGCGGUGCCGGCGGUGCCGGCGGUGCCGGCGGCGGCGGUGGCGGGAGGAGGCGCGCAAACCCCAACGCGGCUAGGGCCAAGUUCACCAAGAAGAAUUGAUGAUCCACUCUCACACUCACACACACUCGUACACACACUCGUACACUCACUCAUACACACACUCAUACACUCAUACACACACUCGUACACUCACUCAUACAUACACUCAUACACACACUC